UCUUUGGGCUAGCCUGACAAACAUCAACACGGUUCUCUUCAUUCGCUAGACAGUUUCUGAAUCGCUCGAACAAUGAAAACAGUGCUUUUAUUAUUAAUUUUUGUCCUACUGAAUCAGAAUUAUGUUUUCAGUUUAGUAACGGACUAUAAUGUAACGAUUUGGAAUUCACAAGGAUAUCGACUACAGCAAGUUUUGGACUUUUUUUUGAGCAACCCGUCCUUGAAUUUGGCUUUAGUUCAAGAAAGUGGAAAUGUUGCUAGCGAAAACCCAGGCCAGCUCAUCCAUCAAAAUUUAGAGUUCAUCGUAGCUGAUGCUGAAAAUGCCUUUGAAUGUUUCAAUGCUGGUUAUUUUGAAGUCCGCGAGUAUGUUGAUCAAGGAAUGCGGUUGUAUAUAUACUUUUUCCCAGCUACUCCUUACAUUCGGCCAGACCUUGGAUUGACGAUUGUGAGCAGGCACCAGGCGACAGGGAUAUUGUACUUCGUAUCUCAGCAUACUCGUCGAGCCUCAUGUGAAUCCCGCUACCUUGCGUUUAUCAAUCGACCCGUUGUGGGAUUGGUCCUUGGCACUGAUAACAUUUUCCUUAACAUCCAUGCUGAGCCCACUCGAAGAAGGAACGAAGUACUUACUCAACUGCGUGCCAUUAGAUCCCAUAUGAGUAUCCACAGACCCCAUGCUUCCUGGACGCUAGCCGGGGAUUUCAACCGCUUGCCUCAAGACGUACAACCUAGUUUGGUUCAAAACCAAGAACGAUUGGUUCAGCCUCCUCAGAGCACUCACGGUAACGAUGUUCUAGAUUACUAUAUAUACGGCUCUGCAGAUCAGAAUGUUUUCGCGCAAAUGGACAACCCCUCCAAUCAAGCAACUAUAAAUCCCACUCUGACGGGCUCGGAUCAUCAUGCCGUAUAUUUUUCCAACUAUAUUACUUCAAUUCAAUACGAUCGAGGUAACCUGCAACAAAUUUUAGACCAAGCCUGCACCGUACGAAGAAGCAAAUACAACGAUUGGACGAAUUUUUAUGAUGAGAUUUACGACGAUAAAGAUAGGAUACCAAGCUCUGGUUUCAUGCAGUUUCAGGAUGGAUCCUACAUGCAGCCAGUCGUCGUUGAACGUGAUUCUGAUAUUAAAAAAAGCGCCAAUUGGUAUCCGCUUGAUUUGUCUUUGUUAAUUGGCCUAGAGGCCGCCUACUCCUACAGUGUUAGACAUAAAAGAGCUAUUGGUGUGUCUUCUGCAACGCAUCACGGCUUGAUUUUUAUGAACUCUAAAGGUUCUCCGACAAUGACGGUUUUUUUGAGAAAAGAUAAAUUGCUAUGUAUGACCUGGACCCAUGAGGGAUGGAGCAGUCCAACCGAUUGUCAUCGACAUAUUUCCCCUGCACAGUUUUCAGCGACAAGAACGGAACAGAGUUUUGAUCGCUGUUACAACAAAGCUUCAGAGUCAGUUAUCAGCGAGAAUUUGGAAGCAUUAGAUAAUAAUAUCCUCAAGUCCCGUAACUUGCUUAUAUUGCAACGUGAGUUCUCAAGGACUAUGAGAAACUAUGGAUUUUUCAACAAUGAUUAUAAUACGUUUAAAGAUUAUUAUAAUGCUAAAUGGAACAACACGCUAAUAAAUGAUGCUUACGGGAUGUCAGGAGCAGAAUUCUCUGCGCGUUGGAAUUAUGGAUACUACUUCAAAGAUGGAUCUUUCUCCGUCGCAUUUAGUUCUAAACAUAUUCAGAAAAAUGAUACUGAUAAUUGGUUAUUUAUAAACGGAAAUAAAGUUUCCGAUUGGGAUCCAUUGCUCAGAAAUAUCUAUGGAAUGUUCUUCUUUGACAAGUUCGGACGCCCAGUUAUAUUCUUUGCGGCGCUUAGUGAUUACCCAAAUUGUUGUAUCUAUCGGAGCCAUUGGGUGUACGAAUAUCGUCCAGAUAAUAGUUGGGUUUGGAUCGAAAACUAUUCGGAAUGGGAACCAAGCGUGUUGUCGAAAAAUCCUGGAGCAUUAAGAUUCGUUAUUGAUAAAAAUAAUAUUCACUAUUAAGAAAAUGUAAAAUUGUCUAGAAUCAUUUACGAAUAUAAUAACUCAAUAUAACGAAUAUAAUAUA